AUGAGCGGGCGGCUCGCACGUCUCGCGCCUCUCGUCCGGCGUGCCGCAGUUGCGAACACGCCACACCGAUUCUACCAUUCGGCCACCUCUGCGGGAGGUUUACUGCGAUCAGAUGCCGGAUUGCGACUGUUGAAGCAGCGCCCCUGGCCCCUGGGGUCUUACGCACUGCACAAUGUUCCUGCUGUGCGGUCCAUAUCUUUUGCCCGCAUACUGCCAAAAAUCGUCACCAAAUUCGCCUCCCUGGGGGCUGUUGCUGGGGGAGCUGUGAUUGCAGGAGCCUCGUAUAUUCAGUAUCAAGCUGGGCAGGCCGGUGGAUAUGUCCUGGAUAUUUUCAACCGCACUACCGAUCGAGCAACCAAUAUCGCCGGAACUUUAUACGAAGGCGCCACUCAAACCUUGGACCAAACGAGAAGAGGAUGGCAGAAGACGAAAGAGGAGUUUGAUUACCCAGAUUGGUUGAAGUCGAUUCUCUUCCCCGAAGAAACAUCAGGGAGCAGCAGAGGUGGUUCAGGGCCCGAAGGAAAUCCAAAACAAAGCGGUCCGAGUGCUGGCACCGCAGCGGCUGGAGCUACGACAGCAGCUGCGUUCGGAUACGACUCCAAGGACGAGGAGGAUCAGUCAUCGGAAGAGAGGAUUGCCCGGGACGAGCAGAUGAUGAUGUUGACAAAGAAGAUGAUUGAGAUCAGGAGCUUGUUGCAGACUGUGGGACAGUCGGAAACCCUCACUCUCCCGUCAAUUGUAGUAAUUGGAUCCCAAUCAUCAGGAAAGAGCUCGGUGUUGGAAGCAAUUGUCGGCCACGAAUUUCUGCCAAAAGGAUCCAAUAUGGUCACUCGACGACCUAUCGAGCUGACCCUUGUCAACACCCCCGAGGCUCAUGCUGAGUAUGGCGAGUUCCCCGCCCUCGGCCUGGGAAGAAUCACAGACUUCUCCCAGAUCCAGCGGACACUCACAGACCUAAACUUAGCCGUCCCUGUCGAGGCUUGCGUUUCUGACGACCCCAUCCAACUUCGAAUCUACUCUCCCAAUGUUCCAGAUCUUUCGUUGAUCGAUCUCCCUGGUUAUAUACAAGUCACCGGAAGGGAUCAGCCACCGGAGCUGAAGGAGAAGAUUAGGGAACUCUGCGAGAAGUAUAUCCGAAGCCCUAAUAUCAUCCUUGCCAUAUCCGCCGCCGACGUAGAUCUGGCGAACUCGACCGCCCUAAGAGCAUCCCGAAAAGUGGAUCCCCGAGGAGAGCGGACAAUUGGUGUAAUUACUAAGAUGGAUCUCGUUGAUGCUGAACGUGGAGCUAGCUUACUGAACGACAAAAAGUACGCCCUGCGGUUAGGCUAUGUCGGUGUAGUAUGUCGAGUGCCACAAGCCAUCGGCACCGGAAAGCUCUUCAAUCGCGGCAACGGAAACAUCACCAGUGCCAUUGCCAAGAAUGAGGCCGCCUACUUUUCAUCACAUCCUGAGUUUGGCGGCGAUUCCCACCUAGACGUGGGAACGCAAAACCUACGGAAGAAGUUGAUGUACGUGCUGGAAUCAACUAUGGCAUCCAGCCUCAAAACGACAAGCGAAGCUAUUCAAAGAGAGCUCGCCGAAGCGACCUACGAGUUCAAAGUACAAUACAAUGACCGGCCACUAAGCGCAGAGUCGUACCUGGCCGAGAGCCUGGACGCGUUCAAGCACUCUUUCAAAGGAUUUACAGAACAGUUCGGCAGGGCUGAGGUUCGAGCGAUAGUAAAGCACGAGAUAGACCAGCAGGUGCUGAACCUACUAGCGCAGCGGUACUGGAACAGGCCAUUUGAUGACUUGUCCCAGCCGCUUCCCGACCCAGAUCCGUUGAGCAGCCUCCCGAAGGCUGAUCUGGACAACACAAUCUGGCAAAUCAAGCUGGAUUCAUCUAGUGCGUCAUUGACGAAGCUCGGCAUUGGCCGCCUGGCUACUUCGGUUGUCGCAAAUGCCCUACAAGCACACGUCGAUCAACUGACGUUGAGCUCUCGGUUUGCCAAUCAUCCAUUCGCUCGCCAAGCCAUCACAGAAGCAUCCACAACUAUCCUGCGAGAUCUGUCGUACGACAUCAGCGACGAGCUAGAGAUCUGUAUCAAGCCGUACAAGUACCGGAUUGAGGUCGAGGACAGCGAAUGGGCCAAGGGCCGCGAGAACGUCACCAAUGUGCUCAAAGAGGAAUUGAAAGUCUGCGAGUCAGCAGCGAAGAUUGUAGAAACACAGAUCGGUGGUCGAAAGAAGGCGAAAGAUGUAAUGGCUUUCAUCGACCGUGUGAGGGACGGGAAGGUUGUUCUCGAGGGCGAUGGCAUCGGUGGCGCUGGCGGAUUUAGUUCUGCGCUUUUGCACAAAGGCCGCGAAGCUGUCUUCCUCCGCGACCGCCUUGACGUGCUCAAGAUGCGCAUCAUGGCCGUCAAGUCUAAACAAUGCGCCAACAAAGCCAACAAAUACUACUGCCCGGAAGUCUUCCUAGACGCUGUAGCUGAUAAACUCACUACUACCGCCGAUCUAUUCCUGGACGCCGAAUUACUCUCCAAAUUCUACUAUCUUUUCCCCCGUGAACUAGACACCCGCCUCGGCCGCGGCCUCUCCCAAACUGAAAUCGAGCGCUUCGCUCGCGAAGACCCCAAGAUCCGGCGCCAUCUCGACGUCGUGCGCCGCAAAGAGCUCCUCGAACACGUGCUAAAAGAGAUGGAAGCGUUACGGCAACUCGAAGCUCGAGAAAAACGAUUUUCCUCGCGCUCGACCCCAAAUGAGCGAGAGAAGAGAGGGGGCAGAGGCUGGAGUCUAUUCUAA